GUGGCGGUGGGUACUUGCAACUAGAGUUGGUGCUGACACAAGUGCUACAGUUGGGGCUGACUCUGAAGGCCCAAGUUAGAUCCAGUCUGUUCCAGUCCUAGUCCCUCUGCAUGUCUAGGGCCUUAAGCGGGCAGAGUCUGGUGACCAGGUGGGGGGUCUCCUCUCCACCUGUCGAAUGAGCGCUGUCAGCAUUGGGGGGUACCACGGUCUGCGGGUGGGCUCGGCCCUGCUUAGCAUCGUGGCGGGGUGCAUCAUUAUCGGGGUGUCGAGGGAGUGUGAUGCGGAUGCCGUAGGGGGAAUCUUCCUCGGUGCGGGGGGGCUGGGCCUCCUCAUCGCUGUCUUCCCCUUCAUAAGAGCCUGGCUCAACAUUAACAACAUUCUCCCCACCUUGGGAAACUUCAGAGUGCACCCUAUGCCUGCUAACCCUCCUGGCCCUGAGCAACCAGAGACACUGAAACGAGAAGCGACUCAGAGCCAGCUGAAUCUGGAGCGCUCUAAGAGCCGGAUGGGGACAUUUGUUGAUGCCGGACCGAUAGCUGAGGCCUCCGCAGAUGAGGGGACAUCCUCAGACAUGCCAGACAUCUUGUCCAGACGAAAGUUCAAGCAGACCCUCCCUGAUCCAGACCUCCCGUAAAUUGGUUUUAUAGCAGCCACACAGCACACAUCUCUCGUACACGUCUACUCAGAUUUGAGUUCACCCUCAAAUGGACUUCACAAGUUGGUGAAUCAGAUGUUUACUUACUUCAACAAUACAAUUCAAAAGCUACAUACUGUGCCUUCUCCUAAAUAUCGAGAGGAAUACACAUUUUCUUCCACAAUGUCUCAUUUUAUUAGCAAUAUUAUUCUUAUACAUAUAUAUAUAUAUGAGAGUGCUUUUGAAAAGAGGCAACAACUACAGACUAAACUCAAAUAAAGCCUACGACUUCAUGGAAAAUAAACCUGGUAAAAAUGUCACAGCCUUCACAAACCAAUACACGCUGAAAAGAUACAAAUGCAUUUGUUAGAUACAACAAUGCGACUUCAUUUUAAAAGCUUCUAUAUAAAUCAGAAUUUAACAGCUGGACUGAUCCUACAGCCUUGGUAGGCACAAUAACCCUGAAGCAAAUAUCAGCAGAUUAAAAAAAAUAAUCACAAAAAAAUGAAAUCAACCAAAAAUAAAUAUUAGACACUCUUAAAAAAUAUAUAUAUUAAAAACUUUGGAAGCGUUCAACUUUCCAGCUGAAAUAAUACAUUUAAUGAAAAAUUAUAUAAAUAUCAUAAAGCAAAAAUGUACACAUAUUACAUUAUCUGAUGAAAUUGCUUUAGAAAGGGACAUGAGACAGGGAUGUCCUCCCUCUACCCUCCUGUUUGCACUGGCAAAUUAAACUGCUUGCAGAAAGAAUUAAGCAGGACCCAAACGUAACAGUUAUCAGUAUUGGUAAACAUGAAUAUAAACUCAACUUAUUUGCUGAAGAUCUCCUGAUAUACCUGAAUCAUACAAAUUUUAAUAAUGGAAACAGGAAAAAUAAUACGUCGUGCUCUACAGCAAUCCUUUCAGUGGAUCACAAAAAAAUAUGAAAUACUUACGAUGCUUAAUAACAAAUAUGUAAAGGUAACUUUAGCCCAUUAUUCAACAACAUGAAAGCAGAACUAAUUAAAUGGAACAAUCUCACCACAAAUCUUGCAGGUAGAAUAAACCUCUUUAGAAUGGCAUGGCUCCCAAAGUUUUAAUAUUUAUUCUAGGUAAUACCAAUUACCCCACCAAAGACAUUCUUUAAAAGAGUAUUCUUGGCCAUAACAGACAUCAUAUGGGCAAAUAAAACUCAUAGAAUAAAUCAAGUUUCACAUGUCCCUAAAUCUGAGGCUGGUUUUAACUUUUCAGAUUUGGAAUUGUAUUAACUUGUCACACAAGGCUUUUACUUGCGACAUAUUGUUAAAUACGCUAAAGAGGAACUAUGGGUACAUAUUGAAGAUGCACAUGCUCAUCCCCAGAAUCUUUUCAUGUGUCUAUUUUCAAAGAAUCGAGCUAAGAACAUUAACAACUUCAUAGUUUAGUACAAUAUAACAACAUAGAAGAAAGUGAAACAGAUUCUACAAGAACCAAUAUCAAUCACUCCCUAAAAAGAGACCCCUAUGGAACAAUCCUUGGAUAGCUUUUCAGAAUUUACCGAUAAAUUGGCCCACAAAUGUUAUAACACGUCAUUUCAAGCUGAUAGUUUUUGGACAUCAAAGCAAUGUUGAGGAAAUCCUAUUCGAGUCAGAAAAUGAUAUUCAUAUGAUAGGUAAGAUAUACAAAACCUUACAGAUAGCAUAUCCAACCAACAAUCUCUUAGAAACAAAUAUACAUUAUUGGAACCAAGACGUACAAAUAACUGAUAUUAGCACAAGAUGCAGGGAAUGUUGGAACACAACUAAGAAAAUUACAUUUAAUCGUUUACGUUUAAUCCACUAUAAACAAAUGUAUAGACUUUAUAAUACAAGAAACAAAAUUCACAAAUUCUACAGCACAAAAGCAGUCACGUCUUAAGUGUAAAACUAACAAUGACUCAAUAAUCCAUGCCUUCUGGGAACGCUAUAAAGUUAAAGUCAUGGGCAGAGUUGGCUGUCAGAAGUAUUACAAUGUAAAUGUACUUUUAAUCCAUCUGUCUGCAUAUUUCAAGACCUGGCAUAUGAGGGUGAAGUGGACUAUACUUUUCUCUUCAAUCAUUUAAAAAAAAAACGUCUACAUCCUCCAUCGUUAACACAAUGGAAAAGUCAAAUGCUUUAUUAUUUAAAUGUUCAAAGUGAGUGGGUGACGGAGGGAAACAUUUGGUGCAGUUUGAAGCCAUGUGGCGGAGAGUGAUUUGGGUUAUGGACAUGGGGGUGUGAGCUGGUAGGUCUGGGCAGGUGUGAUGAUCUUGAUAUUUGUGUGCAUUUGUUUUGUAUUGUUAAAAAAAACAAGAUUCAAGUGGUGAUUAUGGCUUUUAACAAUUAGCAACGGUCAUCGAAAUUGUUAAGUUUAUAAAAACAAUUAUAAUAAAUGCAACAGUUGGACAAUGGAUGAAGAUACUCCCAACGUUUAGAAUUUGUAUAAUCCAUCAGAUAUUGACAACAUUUUAGUACAUAAAACCUUUUACUGGCAUGGAAAAAUAAUGAAUGGAGUUCAGUGAUUUUGAUGGGAAUUCAGGUAUUGAAUUUAUUGUAAAAUUUCACUUUUUUCUUAGGAUGCACUCAUAUGUACCGUUUCUUACUGUAUCGGGUCUUUUAUUAUAUUUUGUGUUCAAUAAAGAACUAUUUGUA